UGUCAAGUUCCUAGCUCCUUGGUAAGUACCGUACAGUAAUAACAAAGAAUAGAAACUAGUCGAAGACUGGCGAUGACGACCUGUCCGUGCUCCGUUCGUCGCAUGAUUCCGCUGUAUUUGGCUGGUCUUCUCAUGCUUUCUUUGUUUUCUUGUCUAACAAUGUUUGUUUUGUACUGAACUGUACGGUAUGUUUGUAGGUGAGGACACUGCAAGUCCAUGGCCAAGGCAUGGAACGACUUGGGCGAUGACUACGCAGCGUCAUCGUCCGUGCUCAUUGGCGACGCCGAUUGUACGGCGGAUGCCAAGGAGCUUUGUGAGAAGUUUGAAGUACGAGGAUAUCCUACGAUCCAGUACUUUGUAGAUGGAGCCCUUUGGGAAGGAGAAGAUUACAAGGGAGGACGUGACUAUGACAGUCUCAAAAAGUUUGUCGAAGAAACACUCGAGGUCAAAUGCGAUCCGGCCAAUCCGGACGAUAGCGACUGCAGUGACAAGGAAAAGGCGUACAUUGAAAAAAUGAAGGCGAAAUCGGUGGACGAUCGAAAGAAACAACUCGACCGAUUGGAUGCCAUGAAGGAUGGAAAGAUGAAACCGGAACUCAAGCAGUGGUUGGUACAGCGACUCCGCAUUUUGUCGUCACUCACCACGGGGGAUGAACUGUAA